CUUAUAUCCUUCUAGAUGUAGCUAGUUGCGACAACCACUUUGCUAAAGAGCGGCCGGUUGUUGUUUGUAAUUUAUAAUUUUCGCGAUCGCGUGUAGCUUUUUGAUAAUAAAAUAUGUUACUGUCAGUUUUAAUCGUCUUUUUGACUGUUCUCGUCGUUGGGCUAAGCCAAGAGGAAUACUGUUCCGCACCUAAUGCGGAAUCUUGUAAAGAAAGUAAGAUUGAGACCAGAAUACCAUCAAUGUACACAAAAGCAAUAAAUGAAGAAUAUCAAAAGUAUCUAACAAUGAUUCAAGAUGCGGAACAAAACUAUAAAGAAUGCAAUAAUACAAAGCAUGAUUGUUUCAAAGAUGUCAUCUUACGAGACUUGAGGCCUUUUAAGAAAAAAGGCAUAAGUGAAGAAAUGAUAAAUAAUGCAAAAACUAGAGGUACAUUUUAUCAAAUAAGUAAAAGUACAUUAUAUAGAGAGAAGGAAUGUAUGUUUCCAGCCAGAUGUGCUGGAAUUGAACAUUUUCUUUUAAAAGUAAUUGGCAAUUUAUCAGAUAUGGAUUUAGUCAUAAAUACUAGAGAUUAUCCUCAAUCUAGUCAACAUUUUGGGAAGCUGCUGCCUAUUUUUUCAUUCAGUAAGACACCACAGUAUUAUGAUAUUGUGUAUCCAGCAUGGGCAUUUUGGGAAGGCGGUCCAGCUAUCUCAUUGUAUCCCCGUGGCCUUGGUAGAUGGGAUCAGCAUCGUAAAUCCUUAAACAAGGCAAGCUUGGAAACUCCAUGGGAGAAGAAAAAGAGUAAGGGAUUCUUCCGUGGGUCUCGAACAAGCUCAGAACGUGACAAUUUGAUUUUGUUAAGCCGAAACAAGUCCCAUUUGGUAGAUGCUCAGUACACUAAAAAUCAAGCAUGGAAAUCUAAUGAGGAUACUCUGCACCAAGAACCAGCAUCAGUGGUAUCCUUAGAGUCGCAUUGUGCAUACAAAUACUUAUUCAAUUUCCGAGGUGUUGCAGCAUCAUUUCGGCACAAACACUUGUUCUUGUGCCGAUCCUUAGUCUUCCACGUCGGCGACGACUGGACCGAAUUCUAUUAUGACGCCAUGAAACCAUGGAUACAUUACAUACCUGUUUCUAGACACGCGGAUCAGGAAGAAUUAGAGAAUUUAAUUACAUUUGCGAUAAAUAAUAAUGAUUUAGCUAAAAAGAUUGCGGAUCGUGGGAGAGAGUUUAUAUGGAAUAAUUUGCGAAUGUCGGACGUUACAUAUUUUUGGAAACAGCUCCUCAAAAGUUACGGUAAACUUUUAAAAUAUAAACCAGUAUUAAAGAAUAAUCUCAUAAAAAUCGGUAAAGGACGGUAAAUAUAUAUAUCCUGUAAAUAUAUAUUUAUAAAUAUAUAUAUAUAUAUAUAUAUAUAUAUAUUUACAGUUAUUUUGCAUAAUUGAUAUUUCUCCAAUUGAUAUCAAGUUAGUAUUAUUGGAUAAUUAGUGUUCGCAAAUUUUGCGCAUUUGAUAUCUAAUUAAAGAUAUCGUGUGAUUAAAAUAUAAACGUACGCAUUUAUUAAUACUAUAUUUGUAUGACAAUGAAAAAUAUAAUACAAUAGAGAUUUUAUUCAGGGCACGACGCAGUAGCGUGGCAAGUUUCAAUAUGAAUCAUUAACACCCUGAGUAGUGACAUAAAGAAAGGCUUUGUACAAUUAGAUUUGUACGUAUUACGUGAUUAUUGUGUCAGAAUUGCAGAAUUGCAUCGUCAGUGACAAUCGUCAGUGACAAUCGUCAGUUUGCUGCAUUGUAAUUAAUUGAAAUCAAAAUAAUAAAACCAAAUUAAUUGCACUUGGAUGUUCUUUCAUUCAAUAAAUAUCGACAGAUAGUACGAGGCCUUUCUUAUUGUGCUCUGAUAGUUCUUGAAGCUACGUAAUCCUUAACAAUUAAGUACUGGUCAAACACUUACGGUAUUACACUACUAAGACACGUUUCAAUAUGUAAGAAAAUACGAAGUGACAGUAUUAAACAACGUUUUAAACAUCUGUUAAUACUGGAUACAACGAAGAUGAUUCUCAACGCGUGUAAUCUUUCCGCGGAAUAUUUUCCUCCAGAGAAGAGAAUUGCGUUCUCCGAGACGCGUUUUAAAGUGCACUUCCAUCUUAUAUGAUCUAAAAUCUAAUGCUUUAUACAUAAGAACAGUAUAUAAAUUCUCGCACACAGCACCAUUAAUGCCAGAAAUCGGUCU